AUGCAUAUAAACCUCUUCAGGUACAGAGAGUCGCUGUCUUCUGCUGUACAGUUGCCCAGAUUAGAAUAUUCUUAUGCUGACAUGAGUGAUAUAAUGAGUGAAGAAAUGUUAGACAUACAUUAUAGUAAAUUACACCAGAAUUACAUAAAUCAGUACAAUAAGAUACAAGCACAGAAGAAAAUGACACAGUUGGUGUACACUCCCCAAACAGAAGAAGAAAUUCUUCUUUUAUUCUUUCUAGGAGGGCACUUAAACCACUCACUGUUUUGGCAGUCAUUCCAUCCUUCUUCUAGUAAGCACACUCCCUCUAAAAGACUUUCUACUUUACUAAGCAAUUCGUUCAGUGAGGGAUUACUUAAUUCAAUAUUAAACGUAGUGACUAGUAAUAAGAUAAGAGGAAGUGGUUGGAUUUGGCUAGCAUACAAUGAAAAUACAGAAUUGCUAUACUUAGACAUAACCAUGAACCAAGAUAUGCUUAGUGUUCCUGUUCUAUUAAACAUAGACAUGUGGGAGCAUGCAUACUUUAUACAGUACAAGGUGGAUAAGAUAGAUUACAUCAACAAAUUAUACAGCAUAAUUAACUGGGAGAAUGCAUCAAACAGGCUGGAUAAGAUAUUGGAUGGAGAUGAAUAGGAGCGACAUUCUAUCUAUAUACAGUGGAUCAGUGUGCCAGUGCUGAAUUGUACG